AUGUCAGGACGAGGUAAAACCGGAGGAAAAGGACGCACUAAGUCGAAAUCCCGUUCUUCGCGGGCCGGUUUGCAGUUCCCAGUUGGUCGAAUCCAUCGAUUUUUGCGAAGGGGUAAUUAUGCGGAGCGUAUUGGUGCGGGUGCUCCUGUCUACUUAGCAGCAGUGUUGGAGUAUUUAACGGCUGAGAUCUUGGAACUAGCUGGCAACGCAGCUCGUGACAACAAAAAGACCAGGAUCAUUCCCCGCCAUCUCCAACUCGCCAUUCGCAAUGAUGAAGAACUGAACAAGCUGCUGGGUGGGGUUACUAUUGCCCAGGGCGGUGUCCUGCCAAACAUCCAAGCGGUACUGUUGCCCAAGAAAACUGGCCACCCUAGUAAAGUUUAUGCUUAAAAGAUAAGACGGAAAGGAA